AUGAAAGAAAGGCCGAGCAAAGGUCAUGGGGGCGUUAUGUCUGCCCCUCAAACGGCAAAAGUCGCCAUGAUUUUGCUACCGACACUGCUGCUUAUUUCUGAUGCUAUUUGCAAUACCCAUUGCUCGGCAAUCCUUGAUAACAGCACGGACAUGCUCUCGUUGCUAGAUUUUAAGCGGGCCAUCAUCAACGACCCAAGGCAAGCUUUAAGCUCCUGGAACACCGGCAUCUCCCGUUGCCAGUGGGAGGGAGUCAAGUGCAGCCUGACGCACCCCGGGCGUGUCACGGCCCUGAAUCUGGGCGGCCUAGGCUUGUCUGGCCCAAUUUCCCCAUCUCUCGGAAACCUAACUUUCCUCAAGUCAUUGAACUUGUCCGCAAAUGGCUUCGCUGGCGAGUUACCUCCUUUCAACCGUCUGCACAAUCUGCAACGACUUGUGAUGAGAGAUAACUCAUUGCAAGGAGUCAUUCCAAAUACGCUUACAAAUUGUUCCAACCUAAUUCACUUGGACCUAUCUGGUAACUUCCUCGUAGGUGAAAUUCCCCACAAUAUAGGUUUCCUCUCCAAUCUAUUAAGUUUAGUGCUUUUCCAAAAUAAUCUUACCGGAAGGAUCCCGCCAAGCCUGGGAAACAUCAGCCAGCAGUUAAAAGGAAUGGAUCUUGCAGAUAAUCAGCUCACAGGAAGCAGUCCCGAUGAGAUAGGGCAAAUGCCAAAUCUGCUGGGUUUAGUUCUCUCUGAUAAUAGGCUGUCAGGAGGGAUCCCACUGUACAAUCAUUCUUCUCUCCUACUUUUAGACGUAGGUAGCAAUAUGCUGGAGAAAGCAUUGACAUCUGACUUUGGCGACAACCUUCCGAGUUUGCGGACACUCAUGCUGGGCUCCAACAAGUUGCAUGGUCAUAUCCCAGCUUCACUAGGCAACAUUUCAGAGCUAGCCACGUUAGACUUGUCAUCCAACAAUUUCAUUGGCCAAGUUCCAACUUCUCUUGGUAGGCUUGGGAUGCUGAGUUUCCUAAACCUUCAGGCAAACAAGCUCUCAUCAAAGGAUACCCAAGGCUGGGAAUUCAUAGGUGGGUUAAGCAAUUGCAGUUCCCUGAACGUUCUCGGACUAGCUCAGAAUCAGUUGCAAGGAGCUAUACCAAAUUCUAUUGGUAAGUUGUCAACCCAACUUCAGGAGCUAGGCUUGGAUGAAAACGAACUGUCAGGGCCAGUGCUCGUUAACAUUGGGAACCUUAGUGCUUUAACAGUACUAGAUCUAUCUAACAACAAGCUCGACGGUCCAAUUGAAGGGUGGGUUGGAUAG